GCCAGCCGUAGUUUGCCACUCGUAGGCCACCGUAGUUCCCCACAGCGCAUGCGCCGGACGUUUGAACGAGUCGCAUGUAGUUGGUUAAAACUUCUUUAUUUUUUUCUUGCUUUUACAAAGUGGUUGCAAAUUUUUAAAGAUGUCUGUCCAAGCAACGAACCCCAACAACCCGAUCGUGUUCUUUGACAUUACCAUCGGAGGGCAGGAUGUCGGGCGGAUGAAGAUUGAGCUGUUUGCCGACGUGGUUCCAAAGACGGCUGAGAACUUCCGGCAGUUCUGCACCGGAGAGUUCAGGAAGGACGGCGUGCCCAUCGGUUACAAAGGUUGCACAUUCCACAGGGUGAUAAAAGACUUCAUGAUACAAGGAGGAGACUUCGUAAAUGGGGAUGGAACCGGCAUCUGCAGCAUCUACAGAGGUCCAUUCGCAGAUGAAAACUUCAGAAUGAAGCAUUCGGCACCGGGUCUUCUUUCCAUGGCAAACAGCGGCCCAGGGACAAACGGUUGCCAGUUUUUCAUCACGUGCACUAAAUGCGACUGGUUAGAUGGGAAGCACGUUGUUUUUGGAAAAGUGGUGGAUGGUUUGCUGAUCAUGAGGAAAAUUGAGAACGUCCCGACAGGACCCAACAACAAGCCCAAGCUCGCCAUCCUCAUCGCACAGUGUGGGGAGAUGUGAUCCGUUCCAGCUUGCUCCGAACAAUAUGGGAAAAUUACACAACCUUCAUUUAGCAUCUCAGCUGUCGCCUGUAUUAUUUCCGAUAAAGCACAUCGAAGGAUUUUAUACAUUUCAGCUGUGCGUCAUUUUGGGUGGUUUAGGUAAACCUGA